AUGCAGAAGACAGUGCUAGAGCCCCAAAGGGGCUUCUCCUUCGAGAACUGUGAGAGAAAUGCAGCCUUGCAACGCGCCCUCCCGGGGCUCCGGGUCCCUCACGCACGCAAGACCGGGACCACCAUUGCAGGCCUUGUGUUCCAAGACGGGGUCAUGUUGGGCGCGGAUACACGGGCCACUGACGAUUCGGUCGUCGCGAACAAGAUCUGCGAAAAGAUCCACUUCAUCGCCCCCAAAAUCUACUGCUGUGGGGCUGGAGUAGCCGCGGACGCCGAGAUGACCACGCGGAUGGCGGCGUCCAACAUGGAGCUACACGCACUUUCCACGGGCCGCGAGUCCCGCGUGGCCACCGUCACCCGCAUGCUGCGCCAGAUGCUCUUCCGGUACCAGGGCUACGUGGGAGCGUCGCUGAUCGUGGGCGGCGUGGACUUCACAGGACCGCAGCUCUACAGCGUGCACCCCCACGGUUCCUACAGCCGGCUGCCCUUCACGGCCCUGGGAUCCGGCCAGGAUGCGGCCAUAGCAGUGCUGGAGGAUCGGUUCCAGCCGAACAUGACGCUGGAGGCAGCGCAGGAGCUGCUGGUGGAAGCCAUCACUGCAGGGAUCCUGGGUGACCUGGGCUCUGGGGGCAAUGUGGAUGCAUGUGUGAUCACCGCGGCUGGCGCCAAGAUGCUGCGAGCCCUGAGCUCUCCCACAAAGCCUAUAGAGAGGUCCAGCCAGUACUGCUUUGCCCCUGGGACCACACCUGUCCUGUCCCAGACAGUGGUGCCGCUGACUCUGGAGCUGGUGGAGGAAACUAUGCAGGCCAUGGAUGUGGAGUGA